AUGCCAAUCAUCCGCCGCUGGAGGCUCGUCGCCCUCGCAAUCAUCUUCACACUCACAUCUAUCUACUACCUCAACCACAAGCGCAAUGUCUGGAACUACGGCUAUAAGCCUCGUGUCGGCCACAGCGCCCUCCCUGACGACCGCGUGCAUUGGAAAAAACUUCCCGAUCGAUACCCCGUCAAAAGCUUCAUCCCCCUCCCGACGGGGAAACCAAUCAAGAUACCGACUGUACAAGCGCCCGCCCCCGCAGAAGACGCAAAGGCGAAGGAGGUGCGGUUGCAGAGGAGAGAUGCCGUGAAAGAGAGCUUUGUACAUAGCUGGACGGGAUACAAAGAGCAUGCGUGGCUCAGGGACGAGGUCACACCAUUGUCAGGGAGCUAUAGGGAUACUUUUGGGGGGUGGGCGGCUACGUUGGUAGACGCAUUAGAUACGCUUUGGAUUAUGGGAUUGAAAGAGGAUUUCGAAAUCGCGGUUAAUGCCGUGCAGGAGAUUGACUUCUCGAGUACGGAUGCGGCCGAUGUCAACGUUUUCGAGACGACGAUUAGAUACAUGGGAGGCUUUUUGGCAGCGUAUGAUAUCAGCGGGAGGAAAUACCCCGUACUACUGGCGAAAGCGGUUGAGGUGGGCGACCUCUUGAUGAGUUGUUUUGAUACGCCGAAUCGGAUGCCGAUCACGAGGUGGGAUUGGAAGAGUUAUGUAAAUGGGCUCGCCCAGACAGCUCCCGAGCAUAUGCUGGUCUCUGAAAUCGGCUCCCUCAGCCUGGAAUUCACACAUCUCUCUCAACUCACGGGAGACCCAAGAUACUAUGACGCCGUCCAAAGAAUAGGUGACGAGUUUGAGAAGUCACAGAACAGCACCCAGCUUCCAGGUCUCUGGCCUGUGAGCAUCAACGCAUCCAAGCCUUCUUUCGACGAAGAUACAUUGUUCACUCUCGGCGGCAUGUCUGAUUCUCUUUACGAAUACUUUCCUAAGCAAUUCCUCAUCCUCGGCGGCCUGCUCGCCCAGCCUAGAACUAUGUACGAGAACUUUAUCGAUGUCGCUAAACAGCACAUGUUCUUCCGCGCCUACAACCCCGAUAACUUGAAAGUCAAAUUCUCCGGCGAGGUGCGCGCUAGUGAUGGAGAAGUAUCUAUGUUCCCGCGGGCGCAGCACCUGACGUGCUUCGUAGGCGGCAUGGUCGGUCUCGCCUCAAAGAUCUUCGAGCGGCCGGCAGACCUCGAAGUCGCAGAAGAAUUAACGAAAGGUUGUAUAUGGGCCUACGACACUUCCGCCAACGGCAUCAUGCCCGAAGUCUUUACCGUUCUUCCUUGCCCAACGGAAAAAGACAGCGAUUGCAAAUGGGACGACAACAAACCUUGGCAUGCAGCCCUGAAGGCCAAGUUCCCUGACCUGGCCCACGGAACCGAAGGCGAGAAAGAAUUUGACGCCCAAAGCGUUAUCAAAGAAGAGCGUCUUCCUGCUGGCUUCACAGCCAUCGACGACCAUCGCUACAUCCUCCGCCCGGAAGCUAUCGAGUCCGUGUUUCUCAUGUACCGUAUGACGGGCAAGCAGGAGUACGCGGACUCUGCGUGGCGGAUGUUCCAGGCAAUCGAGAAGGUGUGCCGAACGGCGAUUGCGGCGGCGGCCAUUGGGGACAUUACAGUGCCGUUUGAUACGCAGAGCGGGGAGGAGAAUGGGGCGACGGGUGAGAAAAUGGAUAGUAUGGAGAGUUUCUGGCUGGCGGAGACGCUCAAGUACUUCUAUCUCUGUUUCGAAGAGUGGGACGUGGUGAGUUUGGAUGAGUGGGUUCUGAAUACCGAGGCGCAUCCAUUGAGACGGCCGGGGUGA